GUUGAGGGUGCCUGCAACAAGGGCGGUAGGGGUCCUAGUAUUUGGGAUGCCUUUUCUCACUCAAAAGGGACAAUCAUUGAUGGAAGCAAUGGUGACGUUGCAGUGGAUCAAUAUCAUCGGUAUAAGGAAGAUGUUGAACUCAUUGCCAAGUUGGGAUUUGAUGCUUAUCGCUUUUCCAUAUCAUGGUCGCGAAUAUUCCCUGAUGGUUUGGGAACCAAAGCCAAUGAAGAAGGGAUUUCUUACUAUAACAAUAUCAUUAACAAUCUCCUUGAAAAGGGUAUCCAGCCUUAUGUAACACUGUACCAUUGGGAUCUACCCUUGUACCUUCAUGAGAAUAUGGGAGGGUGGUUGAAUAAGAAAAUUGUAGACUACUUCUCAGUCUACGCUGACACUUGCUUUGCAAGUUUUGGUGAUAGAGUAAAGGACUGGAUUACAAUUAAUGAGCCUCUUCAGACUGCCGUUAAUGGUUAUGGUAUUGGGAUAUUUGCUCCUGGAAGACAUGAAUGUUCAUCAACAGAACCAUAUUUGGUUGCACACCACCAACUGUUGGCCCAUGCUGCAGCUGUUUCCAUAUACCGAAGCAAGUAUAAGGACAAACAAGGGGGACAAGUGGGCUUGACCGUCGACUGUGAAUGGGCUGAGGCUAAUUCAGACAAAAUUGAAGACAAAAUUGCUGCAGCUAGGCGCCUAGAUUUUCAGCUUGGAUGGUUCUUAGAUCCAAUAUAUUAUGGAGAAUACCCCAAAGCUAUGCGUGAAAGACUUGGAGAUCGGCUUCCCAUAUUCUCAGAGAAAGAUAAGGAAUUGCUUGAGAACUCAUUAGACUUUGUUGGUCUGAAUCACUAUACAUCAAGAUUUAUUGCUCAUGUAAGAGAUAGCUCCGAUGAUGGUAAUUUUUAUAAAUCACAAGAGGUGGAGAGAAUUGCUGAAUGGGAAGAUGGUGAGGCUAUUGGUGAGAAGGCAGCAUCAGAAUGGCUUUAUGUUGUUCCUUGGGGCAUCCAUAAAGUUCUGAAUUACAUAGCACAGAGAUACAAUAAUCCAGCAAUAUAUAUUACUGAGAAUGGUAUGGAUGAUGAAGAUGACACUUCCCCACUUCAUGAAAUGCUAGAUGACAAACUGAGAGUUAGUUACUUUAAGAGAUACCUUUCAUCAGUUGCCAAUGCAAUAAGGGAUGGAGCAGACGUGAGGGGAUACUUUGCGUGGUCAUUACUGGAUAACUUUGAGUGGGCUCAAGGCUAUACCAAGCGUUUUGGUUUAGUUUACAUCGACUACAAGAAUGAGCUCUCUAGGCACCCAAAAUCUUCAGCCUACUGGUUUUUGAGGUUCUUUAAAGGUGGUGAAGGGAAACAUGGCAAGGAACAGUAAUGGAAAAUUUAGCUGACAAUUGCCAUCCAUGAGAGGGACUGCCCAGGAACUUUAUCUUUUCACGUACCAACUUAAACUGCUUGCUGCUUCAAUUGGUUUCAAACCAAUGGACUCCUCUGGAACUCGUUUUGAGCUUUUGUAAGUCACCCCGAAGUGUAUGUACUAAGACUUUUUUAUCCCUGAAUAUGUCUGUGUUCUUUAUUCAUCUUGGAAACAUAUGAUCGAGUUGACUAACUCUUCUAUCUCCUUUUUCAUGUGGCUUACCGACUUCCAUAAUGAAUUUGAAUGUAUUAUCAUUGACAAUU